AAUCGAUAGACCUAUGACACAGCUUUGCCUGAGCGAAGGCAGCGAAAAUAUACACAGCAAAAAGUGAGAAUUUGAGUGCGUUUUCGUUGGUCAUAGCUGAAGCAAGCAAUUAAUCAUCUUUAGCUAAGAACAUGUCCGGCUCCGGUCUUGAUGAAAAUCCCUUUGGCGAGCCCAAUCUGGACAAUCCGUUUGCGGAUCCCGCCAUACAGCAGGCAAGACGUCAGGCUGGCGCUGCGUUGGUUUCAUUGGAGGACUACAAUCCAUUUGAGGAGCAGGCCAAGCCACAGCUUCAAAUCAACUCCACGAACACGGCGGCUGUCGUUCAGCCGCUCUCACAGAACGUUCCACCCCCACAGACCAGUUCGCUGGGCGCCUCGGCGCCAAGCACUAGCAUACAAAUCACCUCGGAAGAGCUGCAGCGACGGCAGGAGGAGCUGGACCGCAAGGCUGCCGAAUUGGAUCGCCGUGAACAGCAGCUUCAGGGGAAUGUGCCACAGCUGAACAACUGGCCUCCGUUGCCGGAUAAUUUCUGUGUGAAGCCGUGCUUCUACCAGGACUUUGAAGUCGAGAUACCCCCAGAGUUCCAGAGACUGGUGAAGCAUUUGUACUACAUUUGGAUGUUCUAUACCAUGACGUUGGUGGCCAAUGUGAUUGGUGGUCUCAUCUUGCUGUUCCAUUCGGGUGAUUUUGUCACCUUGUUCCUGGCCCUGUUCUACACAGUUCUCUUCACGCCCGCCUCGUAUGUUUGCUGGUUUCGGCCCGCGUACAAGGCAUUCCGCAAUGAUUCGAGCUUCAAUUUCAUGGUCUUCUUCUUCAUCUACUUCUUCCAAACCAUCUACUCGGUGGUGCAGGCCGUUGGCUUUGAUAAGAUGGGCUAUUGUGGCUUCAUAACGGCCAUAUCUCAGUUUGAUGGCCAGGCGGCGGGUAUAAUUGUGGGCAUCUUGCUGCUAAAUGUUGCCUUCUGCUUCACGGCCGUGGCCGUGGCCAAUAUACUGAUGAUCACCAAGAUACACACGAUCUAUCGCAGCACUGGGGCCAGCAUGGCCAAAGCACAGGCGGAGUUCACCACGGAGUUUCUGCGCAAUCAGCAUGUCCAGGAGGCAGCCUCAUCGGCGGUCAAUACGGCGAUCAGUUCGCAGUUCAACAACAGCAGAUACUAAGCUAAACAAACAAGAGACAAUCAAUCAAUGAAUCAAUCAAUCAACCACAUUGUAUUUUGGCACAUGGAGCCCACCAGCUUCAGCACUCAUCCACAGAGAUAGUUGGCUUCGAAAAUCGGCACAGAAAGAAAGGAGAAAGGAGGCGCAACACAGCGUAAAACAGAAAGAGAUAGAAAGAGAGAGAGAGCGGAAAGCGGAAACAUUAAUAAGAAUACAACUAAAUAAAGCAUUGAAAAAGAGAGUAAAACUGGAGAGGAAGGAGCAUUGAACUAAUAACUAAUUGCUUUUGUGCAUAAAUAAUUCCUAGAAUGCCGUCGUCUUUAUUGCAAAUAAUUACUGUAACGAUAUGAUAGAACACCAAACCACACCAAUAAUUAACAAAAUACUUUAUAGAAAUGAUACAAAAA